AAUUCUCCUCCUUUUGCUUCAUGGUAUGCUAGUCCAAACCUUUACUAAAUAAAGUGAGUUAGCAAUCCUGAUUCGGCAGACUUUUUCCAAAAGAACACGGCAUUACCGAACCAUGUGGUACAACAAGCUGUAACGUAAACAUCACGUCCCCUUAAAAAUAUCCAUCUUAAAAUAUAUUAUUAUUAUGAAUAUCAAAUAUCUAACACAACCUCCCUCUCCUUGUAUCGCGUCAUUAGGAGCUGAGGAACAUGGACGCCCGCCUCCCAAAGCGUGCGCCCAAGCCCAAGCCUCCUGCUCAGAAGAGGGCCGUGCUUCCAGCGCUCACCAAGACCCAGCUGCGACCCCUCCGCUGUGAUGGUGUCCUGGAGCCAAUCAAAGGGAAGGACCCUCUGCCCCCGCCGGCCUUAAAGUCUGCGGCGGUGAACAAGGCUUCUCUUCAGGAGGAGAAGACCCCCGUCCUCCCAGACAGCACCAAGACCCAGCUGAGACCCGUCCUCCGUGACGGUGGCCUGGAGCCGAUCAAAAAGAGGGUCACCUGGGAUCUGCCCCUGCUGGUCUUAUCGUCUGCGGCGGGGAACAAAGCUCCUCUUCAGAAGGGGAAGACCCCCGUCCAACCAGACAGCAACAAGACCCAGCUGAGACCCCCCCGCCUUGCUGGUGUCCUGGAGCCAAUCAAAGGGAAGGACCCCCUGCCCCCGCCGGCCUUAAAGUCUGCAGCGGUGAAAAAGGCUCCUCUUAGGAACGGGAAGACCCCCGUCCAACCAGACAGCACCAAGACCCAGCAGAGACCCCCCCGCCUUGCUGGUGACCUGGACCUUCUGCCCCCGCCGGCCUUAAAGUCUGCGGCGGGGAAAAAGGCUCCCCUUCCGAAGGGGAAGACCCCCGUCCUCCCAGACUUCGACACAACCCCGCAGAGAGCUCCAAGCCUGGCUGCUACCCUCGACCAAAAGAAGCAGAGAGUGCAGACGGAGAAGUACCGAUGGUGUGAUGGCCAACGAUUGGCCACAGCAGAUGCCUUGUCAGUCUUCAGAAAACACCUGACACCAUUUGAGCAGAGGGAAAUCCUACAGUACAAGGAGGUGUGGUACCUCGGCAUAGCUGCAGAGAAGAUCCAGCAGAAAUGCCCCCUCAGCCAUGGUUAUGAUGACCGCAAGGGACACUACAAGAUGGUUAUCAAAGACCACAUCGCCUACCGAUAUGAGGUCCUGGAGCUGAUGGGUGAGGGUACCUUCGGUCGAGUCCUCAAGUGCAGAGACCACAAAACCCAGCAGCUGGUCGCCAUGAAGGUCAUUGCAAACGACCAGAGGUAUAAAGAUGAGGCGAAGGCAGAGGUGGAAAUUCUGGAGCUGCUCCAGGAGAACGAUGAGGAUGGUGUGGCCAACGUCGUCCACAUGAAGGAGCACUUUCAGUUCCGUGACCAUGUGUGCAUCACCUUUGACCUCAUGGGAAAGAGCCUCUUGGAGGUGUUGAAACAGAGAGAGUACCGAGGGCUGGGCGCCUCUCGGGUGAGGAGCCAUGCCAUCUCUCUGGUGCAGUCUCUCCAGUUCCUCAGUAGGUCUGGCAUCAUCCACUGCGACCUGAAACCGGAGAACAUCCUGGUAUCAGAAGGUGACCCAGCGGUCAUAAAGGUGGCUGACUUUGGGUCCAGCCUUCGUGAACAUCACAACACCAUACCUAUUGCCCAGACAAUGGCCUACAUGUCCCCAGAAGUCAUUCUGACGAAGGUCUACACCAAGGCCAUCGACAUGUGGAGUCUGGGCUGCAUCUUAGCCGAGCUCAAGACAGGCCAGAUCCUAUUUAACGUGCUUGAUGAGUACGAGCUCGUGCUGGAAAUGACGAAGCUGCUGGGUGUUCCCCCAAACGAUAUGCUGAAGAAGACCCGGCUUCAGGGCUUUCUCUCCGGUCAAAGAAACAGCAGAGACGUGACCAACGCGGGUCUGUCUGUGGCCCUGAACACGUCGGACCCACUCCUUCUUGACUUCGUCCAGAAUUGUCUUGAAUACGAGCCGACGAAGCGCAUGACCCCGGAUGAGGCCAGGCAGCAUCCGUGGGUUCUGAUGCACUUCCAGAGUCCCAGCUCCAGCGAGGACUCUUCUCCCCACCAGUCCACCAACUGGGAGCACAUGGUGGACUCCACCAGCGCCGCAGCCCCGUCCACCUCCGGACCAGGGCCCAGACCGGUCGGAGCCAGGGACAGCAGGAGGGAGGGGGGCGCCAGAUGAAGCCCGUCCCUUCCUUACGGGGACAUGCACUGCUGCGUUAGCCCCCCAUGUGAGUCAUUGUUCAUUUUUGUGUUGUUACAAUGACCAACAGUUUUGUCCGAACAAUGUUUGAUCUGAUAAUGGAUACGAAAUAAGACAUUAUUGGAGACUAAAGCUUUGCAGUCCAAGGACGUGGAACAACAUACAUUUAGACUCCAAUGUUGUUGCUGGGGGGACAUUUUCAGACCAACCCUAGUUUACCAUCUCAUCAUCAACCUUGAGACGAGUUAAGACUUAAAAAGACCACAGCACAUUCUCAACCCUUUUGCUGAGAAAUAGCAUUCAAACCUUCAUGAAGAAACGGAUGCCUGUCCCUUUCAUCAAGCCAUCACUUCCUGCUGAGUACAAGGCCUCAACAUGCUCUCUGUGUCAUGUUUCUUUCCCUGCACACAGACGCCUCGAUGGUCUUCAGAAAACACCUGACACCGUUUGAGUGGAGAGGAAUCAAACAGUACAAGGAGGUGUGGUCCCUUGGCAUAGCUGAAGAGAAGGUUCAGGAGACAUU